CACUCACAUAGGAGCAAUUUUCAGCGCGAUGUUAAGUUCGAAUGAAAAUGGACAGCUGCUGAGCCUGGUCGACAAGGGCGACGCGAGGGGGCUCAAGGACGCCCUCCGUGAAAUCUCCGCAGCAGCGCUCAAGGCCUUCUUGGCGGGGACAUCAGAGCAGCAAAGAAAUAUCGGCUUCUUCAGAAGUUUAAUACAGUUCUUAUUUCGGACACCCACAGAGAGCCCAUCCCUUUUAGACACUCCUCUGCAUCGGGCCAUCAAGAAAGACCACCCAGCUGUCGUGGAAACCCUCAUCAACCUCGGCGCCAAGGUGGAAGCCAAGGACAAAUCCGGAUGGAUCCCCAUAAUUUCGCUGCGAAGGAAGGCCGUCGGUGAUGGGGGAGACCCCUUCUAA